AUGAUCGCUAAAGCGAAGCCUGAUGCGCCCGCGUCCCGCAAGAGACGCCGCCCACGGACCGUCAUGGACGAUGAGCAAACCCCAGAUAGGCUUCGGAAGCAGCUUCGUGUAGCGCAGCAAGUGCAUCUACGGCGAAAGGAGAUUACGAUCGCUAAUCUACAAAGUCGCGUGCAAGAGCUAGAAGCAGGCAUCGAAAAGCUCAGCCAGUCGAUCCUAUCAUUCAGUGAUCUCCUCUUCGAGGCCGAUGGUCUCAAGAAACACCCUCAUGUCACAUCCGCCUUUGGAACUCGAAGAUGGUAUGACGCACAUCAAUCCUUCUACGGCCAGAAGCCCAAUGUCUCAAAUCAAGCGAACACACACCUGAGGCAGAAAUCCGUGAAUGGCAACCCCUGA